AUGGGCGAGAUAGUUGCCGCAUCCCGCGUGCCUCCCCGCGUGCCGGGGCCAGGUCGCGGGGGUCCCGUGGGCGCUCCUAGCAAGGAUCGUCGCAGGCCGAUUUCGUACGAUUCGCAGCAGUUCGCUACGUCAGACGACCUCGCGGAUGUCACGCACGGCACCUUCGCCGCCGGUGGUAACCAGCUGGGUGCUGGGGCUCGGCAUUUCGCGAGCGGCAGUAGCGCAUACGGCAGGGGCGGGGGAUUAGGAAAAGGAGGAGUAGGAGGCGGCGGCGGAAGCGGUGGUGGGAGUGGCGGGGGUGGAAGCGGUAAGGGAUUACCAGGUGCAGGCGCGUCCCCCGCGGAGUGGUCGAGGGGAGGCGCAGGAGAGAGGCAAACGGGGCAGGGGGGGAUGGAGGGGCGCGCAAUGGGUGCUCCUGGGCAAGGGAUGCGGGCAGCAGCAGCAGCAGCAGCAGGAGGAGGAGGAGCACGGACUACCUCCCCUGGGGAAGGGGCAUUUGGGGAGAGGCCUUCCAGGGACGGCUUUCCUGGCGGAGAUGCCAGCGGUAGGCGCCUGGGAGGCGGUAGGGGCGGAGGGCGGGGGGCUGUGGUAGGAAAGGGUGGUGGCGGCGGUGGUGGCGGCGGUGGGGGUGGCGGUGGGGCUGGCGGUGGUGGUGGCGGUGGUGGCAUUCGAACGACCCCACCGACGUCUCCCCUAGCGAGCCUAACGCACGAGGACUUUGCGGCGUUUGAGGGGUACGAGCGCAACCAGGACGCCAUCCAGAGCGUGCUGCAGGCCGCCAGGGAUCUCGUGGACGACUGCCAGCAGGAGGGCGUCUGGGAGUCCGAAGCCACGCUCAAGCCGUGGCACGGUGGCGCCGAGCCUGACCAGCAGGUUCGGCAGCAGGGGAGAGGUGGGUCCGAGCCUGAUCGGCAGGUUCGGCAGCAAGGGAGAGGGAUGUCCGAGCCUGAAAGGGAGCCUCGGCGGCAGAUGCGUGGCGGGUCCGAGCCUGAAAGGCAGGCGUGGCAGGCCAAUACGGGCGGUGGGGCAGCAGCAGGGGCAGUGGUCAACCGUGGGGACGGGGCGGGGGGGCAGGGCGAGACGAGCCAGCAGCACAGGCGGAUGGUGAGUGUGGACGAGAUGAUUCGAGCUGCACGUGACCAGCGGCGUGCCAAGGCGGCAGCGGUGCACACGGCAGCAGCGGGCCCGUCCGCCGUGGACUUCUACCUGGGCUUCGAAGACGUGCCCCGCCACCUCCUGCACCACGCCCUCGCUGCCGGCAUGCCCGCUGGGGGAGCGGUGGGGCAAGCUGGAGGGAUGGGGACGGGAGGGGGGGGAGGUGGGGCAGGAGGGAGAGGAGGGGUAGGAGGAGGAGGAUCAGUGGUUGCGAGGAGAACAGGGGAAGGAGGGCGAGGAGGGGUGGGGGGCAUGGAUAGAGCAGGAGAGGGCGGUAACAGCAGUAGCAGCAGCUGGGCCAAGGAGGAGAUGGGGCCUGUGAGAGCGGAGGGGCAGGGGGGGGAAAGGCGAGGGGGUGGGGUAGGCGGAGCGGAGGGGGGAGGGGCAGUGGUGAGGGGGGGAAGGGGGCGGAGGCAGGCUAGUGCGUGUGAGGUGGGGUUGCGUGCCAUGGGGGGUGGAUUGGGCUAUGGUGGUGCGAGUGGUCGGCUGGCUGCAUUCCUGGCGGACGCUGCCAAGCUCGCAUCAGGGGAUGGCAGCUUCAGCAGCCGGGAAGGAGGCCGCGAUUGCAGCGACAGGGAGGUGGUCGCCGACACUCACACCCAUGCCAGUGCUGCUGCCACUGCCUUCACUGGUGCUGGUUCUAGCGCUAAUUCGACUGCGCGUGCUGCUGUUGGUGCUGGUGGUGCUGGUGGCGUGGGAGGCAGAGACGGCUAUAGGAGGUCCAGGCUAGGCAGUGGGCAGGAGAGAGGUGCGGCAGGUGGGGUUGAAUCAGCAGCAGCUGCUGCCCCCGCAGCAGUAGCAACGGAGCUGGGCAGUGGAGAGGGGGAGGAGGAGCAGCAGCAGGCGCCAACACGGCAUGCCAAGCACACGAUCCAACAGAUGGAUCAGCAGCAGUCAAACGCAAUUCAAGGCCUGGGAGGCCAGCACCACCACCCACCCCAAACCAAACCUCUCCAGAACAACCUCCCCCAGCAGCGUGUGGAGCAGCAGCAGCGUGUGCCGGUGGUGGUGCGGGACGACCCGAUGGGGCAGCUGGCGCCCAUCACGGACCACAUCCUGCGCAUGCCGUAUGAGGACGUGCGCGCGCGCUACUCCCUGGGCAAGCACGAGAUCGGCGUGGGGCGUUUUGGGUCCAUCCGCACGUGCCUGGAGCGCGCCACUGGACGGGUGUUCGCGUGCAAGACUAUCGACAAGAAGAGCAUCACUUGCGCAGAGGACGCGGAGGACGUGCGGAGGGAGGUGGCGUUCCUGGCGCGGCUGCAGGGCCACCCGCACAUCGUCAACCUGCAGGGCGUCCUGGAGGAUGACCAGAGCAUCCGGGUGAUCAUGGAGCUGUGUGCGGGCGGCGACCUGUUCGACUGCAUCAAGGCGCGCGGGCAGCUGUCGGAGCGCACGGCAGCGCUGGUGCUGAAAGCACUCAUGGGCGCGCUGCAGCACUGCCAUGCGCACGGCAUCCUGCACCGCGACGUGAAGCCCGAGAACAUCCUCAUGGCUGACCGCACCGAUGACCGCAAGGGCAUCAAGCUCAUUGACUUUGGCGUUGCUACGAGUCUCGAACAAGCGGGUCCGUGCAGCGAGGUGGCGGGCACGCCAGAGUACAUGGCGCCAGAGGUACUAGACGCCGUGUACGGCGUGGAGGCGGACAUCUGGAGCGCGGGGGUCGUGCUCUACGUCAUCCUGUCGGGUGUGCCGCCCUUCUGGGCGUCGACAAAUCGCACGCUGGAGGAGGCGAUCCGGCGCAAGAAGGUGGACUUCAAGUACUUCAAGUGGGCGGGCGUGUCGGACGACGUGAAGGAGCUCAUCAUGCGCAUGCUCAAGAAGAACCCUCGCUCUCGUAUCACUGCGAAAGAAGUGAUGA